UUUCGUUAACAUCCAUAAUAAAAUCAGCUUAAUGUGCUGCUGGAACUCCGCUGCUUUUUGUUUUAAGGCCCUUGUACCAUCAUUUGUGUGGGAACCACACUUUGAAAUAUCUUGGAGCACCGCCAAGCGCCAAGUGUGGCUCUUACAUCAAUAUGCAGUAGAGAAGAGUCUAGAGCACCAUAUACAUGUAGCAAUGCUCCAAUAGUGCUCAAUAGUCACUACAUAAAAGGGUGCACGUACAAAUAUGAAUUAUGAAAUCUCUUGGAGGUACAUGUAAACCUUAACAAUUUAUUUUGAAUAACACUACUAUUAUUUUCACAAUUAGUUUUUUGUAGUAUUUUUUUAAAUCUUGAGCUGGACCAGAGGUAAAUGUAAAAUUUAGUAAUACAUGCACAAAGCAGCUACUUCGAAGCACCUAAAGAAACAAAAAACAAGGCGGCUGCUCUACAAAAGUUCUACCACUAAAAUCACCCUUGUACCUGAAAAAAUUGAGGAACUUAAAAGAUGUUAUGUUGUGAAAUCAUGCUUCCAAAUUACUAAAAUCGAAAGACACUAGAGAAGACAGGACCAGAGACCGGAUUCAAUUUUGCGCUCAUUAUUUUACUUAUUUAUUUCUAAAUUGAGAGCAUCCAUAAUUUUGUAAUACACAAGAAUAACCUGAAAAACAAGAAGUUGAAUAAAGGGAGGGUAAGACAGUUAUUAUUUUCCGGUAACAAAAGGAAAAGACAAUUUGAUUCUCAUGCUUGAGUUACAAGGAAAAGACAAAUUGAUUCUCUCUCCAGCACAUUCCUGAACUAAUGUUUCUAGUGAGACAAAGGUUCUGGGUGACGGUGAUGACCCUUUCUUCCCUUUUUCUUCAGCAAACUGAACCCAGAACCCAAGAGUUUUAACAAUUUGAGAAUAGAAUGAUGUUGAGAAUUGCAGUAGCUAGGAGGCUCUCUUCUCUCUCCUCAUCACCACCUUCCUUAUCUUGGAGGCUGAGAACCGCCGCCUCUUCUGCCGCCAUCUCCAAAAAUCCAGUGACCAGCGGUGACACCUUACUCUCUUACUCACUUCCAUCCACUUCGCCGUUUGAUGUUCUACGCAGAGGUUUUGCUUCUCAGUCGCUUACCCCAACCAAGGAAAGCAGUAUCAUUACAGAAAUUCCUCCAACUGUCGCAGCUGUUAAGAACCCGACACCGAGGAUAGAGUACGAUGAGUAUAACCAUGAGCGUUACCCUCCAGGUGAACCAAGCAAGCGGGCGUUCGCCUACUUCGUGUUAACAUGUGGGAGGUUUGUGUAUGCGUCGCUGAUUCGUCUACUUAUCAUCAAGUUUGUUCUAAGCAUGGCACCAAGUAAGGAUGUUCUAGCACUGUCCUCCCUCGAGGUUGAUAUCUCCAGCAUUGAGCCUGGCGCCACCGUAGCUGUCAAGUGGCGUGGAAAGCCUGUUCAUAUCAAGCACCGAAGGGAGGAGGAUAUCCAGCUGGCAAAAAGUGUUGAUUUGCGGUCUCUUCGGGAUCCACAGGACGACUCUGAGAGAGUUAUUAAACCAGAAUGGCUUGUUGUUGUCGGUGUCUGCACCCAUCUGGGUUGCAUCCCCUUGCCAAAUGCUGGUGAAUUUCGAGGAGGGUGGUUCUGCCCGUGCCAUGGUUCUCAUUAUGACACGUCUGGCAGGGUUCGUAAGGGUCCUGCACCUAAAAAUCUAGAGGUACCCGUGUACACUUUCUUGGAUGAGAACAAGGUGCUCAUUGGUGCGCGAUGACGAUGGGGCUCUUUUCCAGGUGACAAACUUGUUUUUCAGGAUCUUGUAAUCAUGUAUUUGUUUUGUAGUAGUCCAGGAUUUGCUGAUUUUUUUAUUUUUUAUUUUUCCUUUUUCACCCUCUUUCCUUUUGAGCAUGUUUGGCAAUUUUCAUGUACUAUCUUGGACAUAGCUCUGAAGAUAGUAGUAUCUGUGUGUGCUAAAGAAGCUGGUAAAACUUUGAAAAUAAUGAUUAAGUUGUUGGGUCCAAUCCAA